AAACAGCCCCGCGACUAGGUAACUUAUCGCAAUCAUGGCUGUCGGAAAGAACAAGCGCCUUUCAAAGGGCAAGAAGGGUCUCAAGAAGAAGACCUUGGAUCCCUUCACCCGCAAAGAUUGGUAUCAAGUCAAGGCACCUUCCUCCUUCCAAGUUCGAGAUGUUGGAAAGACCCUCGUCAACAGAACCACUGGUCUCAAGAACGCAAACGAUGCUUUGAAGGGCAGAAUCUUCGAGGUCUCUUUGGCCGAUCUCCAGAAGGAUGAGGACCACGCAUUCCGAAAGAUCAAGCUCCGCGUCGACGAGGUCCAAGGCAAGAACUGCUUGACCAACUUCCACGGUCUUGAUUUCACAUCCGACAAACUCCGAUCGCUCGUCCGAAAGUGGCAAUCCUUGAUCGAGGCCAACAUCACGGUCAAGACCACCGAUGACUACCUCCUCCGCCUGUUCGCCAUUGCUUUCACCAAGCGCCGACCGAACCAAAUUAAGAAGACCACAUACGCCGCUUCGUCGCAGAUUAGAGCUAUCCGAAAGAAGAUGACUGAGAUCAUCCAACGCGAAGCCUCCAGCUGCACCCUCACACAACUCACCGCCAAGCUCAUCCCCGAAGUCAUCGGUCGUGAGAUUGAGAAGGCCACCCAGGGCAUCUACCCUUUACAAAACGUCCACAUCCGAAAGGUCAAGCUUCUGAAGGCACCCAAGUUCGACCUUGGCGCUCUUCUCAACCUCCACGGCGAGUCAAACACAGAUGAUUCAGGAAUGAAGGUCGAGCGGGAGUUCAAGGAGAAGGUGUUGGACGAGGUAUGAACGGGUCUGCAAUGUCUGAUACUUGGGGUUUUCGACUGGUCAUUUGCAUGUAGUCAGGUCUUUGCUUUGGGAUCAUGGCGUGGUUUGCAUGCCCAGGUUCUUUCUAGCAUAGGGCUAGGAAAAAAUUAAAUGCAAAACACAAAAAACUACUCGUCAUAUUCAUUCUCAUUUCGUUUCCCUUUGUGAAUGACCCUGCUUUUCCUUUGUGUUGCUAUAGAAUCUGGUGGCGCUUUGAUUUUUAGCGAUGCAGGGUGCCUCGGCCAGCGCU